UCUUCAACCUCAAGGCCUAUGUAACAGUGUCACAUCAGAGAGGCCUCUUGCAAUGUAAUGUAAUGGCUUUGCCUCGAGAAGCAUAUGAAACCUUGGAUGACAUCCCAGUCCAUGUGUGGAGAGGGCUGCCAAACAGCAUGAAGCUGAGACCAUCAGCUGUCAACCCAAAUCGGAUUGGUGUCUGGGCAUCUAGACGAAUACCUAAAGGCAAACGUUUCGGGCCAUUUGUAGGAGAACGAAAGAAGAGAUCUCAAGUGACAAGUAAUGUUUACAUGUGGGAGGUUUAUUUUCCAACCUGGGGGUGGAUGUGUGUGGAUGCCACAGAUCCAGUUAAGGGAAAUUGGUUGCGCUAUGUGAACUGGGCACGCUCCUCUCAAGAGCAAAACCUUUUUCCACUGGAGAUCAACAGAGCAAUUUACUACAAAGUGUUAAGGCCAAUCGGACAAGACGAAGAACUUCUCGUGCGGUACAAUGGGGAAGACAAUCCAGAGAUAGCAGCUGCAUUAGAGGAAGAAAGGACUAGCAACCUGAACAAGAAGAGUUCGCCCAGAGCAAAGCAAGCAAGGAGGAGGCUGUUGGGAAAAACCAGACAAGCUGAUUUGGGUGUAUUCCCUGAAACAAAGAAUUUGAGUGCCACUGAAUCCUCAAUCACAGAUAUGCGGGACUCAGAGGAAGGGCUUAAUGGAGAAGAAAGACUCACAUCGCCAUCAGAGUUGAAACAGGAGACUCCAGCCUCCCAGUCAUCCUCCACAGAGAGAGAAAACCUUGCGGAGUCUCAUGCUGCUACUACAACAGAAAUAAGCCAGAGGGAAGGAUUGGAUGAGGACAGUGCAGAGGCUGAUGGACCGCUGCAGCAGCUACAGUUAUAUCAGAGCCCACAGCACCCCUCUGAGGUAGAGUCAGUUGAUGGGAAUGAAAAAUCUAACCUGCAACUACAUUCUGGCAGUCAUGCAGAAGAAAGCUCCAAGAGUCCAAAAUGUGAUAUGGAGUGUGUAUCCUCUUUAGCGAAUCCUGAGUUGGAGGCAGAAGGGGAUUUUGAUGAUGACACCCAGGAAGGAACUUACCCUUGUCAGCACUGUGAGCGUCAUUUCUCCACCAAACAGGGCCUAGAGCGCCACACUCACAUUCACACUACUUCAAACCAUCAAACUCAUACUUUUAAGUGCAGGUACUGUACUAAGCCCUUUGGCUCUCAGGUAAGCAGGCGCAGACAUGAGCGAAGACAUGAGAAUGGGAGUAAAGCAUUAAAUAGGCCUGGAUCAUACACCGGAAUGCCGUUUCUCCACAGUCCCUCUACACCCAAUGAUUCUGCUACCUCUAGCGGUGUGUCGUCUCCAAGCCAUGUUGUCAUUAUAAGCACACAGAAUGGACCACCUCAGCAAAGCUCUGACAGUUUAAAAAAAGAGCCUGGUGCUGAUUCUGACAGACCUUUUAUAUUGGAUGAAAAUGGAGAGUCAAAAGAGCUUCAUCCUUGUAAGUACUGUAACAAGGCUUUCGGCACACACACCAACAUGCGCAGACACCAGCGCAGAAUCCACGAGCGGCAUCUUAUGCCAAAAGGUGUUCGGAGGAAAGGUAUGCUCUUGCAGGAUAGCUCUUCCCAGCAACAACUACAACCACAGCAACAUGAACAAGGACAUCCUGUUUUGCUUCAGGAAGAGUCACCAAGUGCCAGUCCACCACCUAUUUAUGUGCCCAGUGUGGACACCGAGGAUGAGGGUGAGAGAGAGGAGUGUAUGGUUGAUAUCUCCAACAACAUUUCUGAAAAUCUCAGCCAUUACAUAGAUGGAAAGCUUCCGUCCACUAGCACAGUGAGCAACUGUGAGGUCAUAGAAGUUGAUUCAAGCACGGCAGCGAUGUUUGGCCUUGAUGCUCUUAUUCUAAAUCCAAAACAAAUAAGUCAUGCUCUGAAAGUUGACACACGGACUUGUCCAGUGAAAGAAAUGUCAUGUGUAGGUCAGUCAGUUUCUAGAAGACGAACUGCCACACCCCCAUUGCUUCCUGCAGUGAAAGUGGAGGCAGAAACGGUUUCCUCUUCUUCUUCCCUGUCCUCCCCUUCCUCUCAGUCGCCUUUGUUGGUAGGAAACAUAUUCUCCCAGUCGACAGAAAUGGUAGCUUUUCAAAAGGAGAAAUCAGUUUAUCUCUCUCCAAAACUCAAACAACUACUGCAGGCCCAAGAAGGUCAAAAAACUGCCAUAGGUCUAAUUACAGAUUGUCAUAGAUUGACCACCCCACUUUCUGUUACUUCACUACCUGCUGUUCAAGGUAGGUUUAAAAGAAGAACCACCUCCCCUCCCACAACCCUACAGCAUAGUCCUUCACAAAGAAACAAUGGCCUAAGCAGUGCAACUGAGGUUUCAUGUUCUCUAAAGGUGCCAAAGAUCGAAAGCCAUUGUAGUACACAUGCCUGGAGUUUAUCUAGCAAAGAUUAUGAUGAUUCCAUGAGCCUGGCAGAAAAAGAGUGGUCUCCCUCAAGAAGUGGGGGGAAUUCUUGCAAUCAGCAGCCUCUUGACCUUUCGAAUACAGUUACUAAAAGAGACAGUAGUGCAAGCAGAUGUUCUGGUGAGGCUGUGCUGGACUUAAGUAUGAGCCGUAAAAGUACUGUUGAGCAUGAAGUGAAGGCAAGCCCAGCAACACUACUGCCUCAUGCAAAGAGAAAGAAACCCAAUACCAGCAUUUUAGAGAAAGUAUUAAUGAAUGAAUAUGCUGGCUUAAGUUCAGCUGGAGAAGAGGGCUCAAACACCCCUGGAAGCCCUGAUGCUCUUUCGUCUUCAGAGAGUGCAACGUGCGUCGCCCCUUCUAGUCCCUGUUCGGGUUCUGAACGCCUUCCUUGUGAAUCAACCUCUCCUCCCUCUCUGACCCCUAUGAAUAUUAAUCCAUCCUCUCCAUCUUCCUCUAGUAUAGCAUCAUGUACACCCCCUCCUCCCAUCCUACCCACUAUCCCUUCACCUUUAUCUUUGCAACAUUUUCAUAUGUCAGACACCCCAUCGCUUUCCCCGGUCCCUGUGUUGUCCCCAGAAAUGUCCCCCAAGCCUGUUGAGCAUAGUCUAGAGGAAGUGCCAGAUGCAGCAACAUUAACAGAGUCAUGCCAUGAUACAUUAAAUCCCAAUAUUAAUGAAUCGGACCAAACUGCUGAGCAGGUACACCCUGCAACAUCUGCACCGCUUCAGGAUACGAAAAGACAUAGUGAAGCAGAUUCAUCUUCAAAGUCUGAAACACUACUUGAGGGCUCAACCCAUGAUUCUAAGCCUCGUUUGUUAAGAAAUGCAGAUCAAGCAGAUUCUUCUCACUUAGACUGGGGUACUGUUUCUGAAACAAGCCAAAGCAGUUCCUGUGAAGGAACUCCCCCUGAAGACCUUGAUAUUAAAACUGAAGGGCAACACAAAUCAGAGUCUUCUCAUUCUACAGUACAAUCAACUAUCAAAAAGGAAUUCCCCUCAGCCUCCUUGCACAGCAAAUUGCAGCUUUCUCAGAAAUCAUUAGCAGUCGAUAGCAACUUGCUUGUAGAGGAUACAGGGAAGAAAGAAGAGCCGGUUGAGGUUACAGGGAAUGGGGGUGAUGUUUCCACAUCAGCUUCACCUGGAACUCCAGCCCGAAGUUCUGAUGAAAUUGUGACACCAGAGCGAGAGAUAUUUGUCAAGACAUUUGUGUGUAAUGUUUGCAAAGGGCCAUUUCAUUCCAUCAAAGACCUUAGUGGCCAUAUAAUAGAGCAUGCAUCAGAGUGGCCUUUUAAGUGUGAGUUUUGCGUGCAGUUAUUUGGUAAUGCUACUGCACUCCUUGAGCACCGCUCCUCUCUUCACGGAGUGGGAAGAAUUUAUAUUUGCUCUAUUUGCUCAAAGGAGUUCGCCUUCCUCUGCAAUCUCCAGCAACAUCAAAGUGACCUACAUCCAAGUCAGAACUGCACUCACACUGCUGUUGAAAAUGGGAAGCUCAGACUUCAGAAUUACACCGAUCCUGAUCAGGCAAAUAUGGAGAAACAUUUCAAUGACACGGUUGAUGACUCAACUGCUGGAGCCCCCUCUCAAGAUUCUUCUGAGGAGCAUAGCAAUAUUGACACUAAGGCAGAAGGCAAAGCAGAUGCCCAUGAGGACCCUACAGAAGAACUGUACACUACAAUAAAGAUUAUGGCAUCUGAGGCUGGUAAACCGAAAGGCCCAGAUGUACGGCUUGGCAUCAAUCAACACUACCCCAGUUUUAAGCCUCCACCUUUCCCCUACCAUAACCGAACACCUGAUGGCGCAGUAGCCUCAGCUACUCAUUUCACUACACACAACAUCCCCCAAACAUUUAGCACUGCAAUCCGGUGCACAAAGUGUGGAAACAGCUUUGACAACAUGCCUGAACUGCACAAACACAUAUUAGUUUGUGCUAAUGCUAGUGAUAAGAAACGCUACACCCCUAAGAAGAAUCCCAUUCCUCUCAAACAGAUUGUGAAGCAGUCUCCCAAUGGCUUGCUAUCCACCACAGGAGCUGCCGCUGGUCAGAAUGCUUUUCGUAGGAUGGGUCAGCCUAAAAGGCUUAACUUUAACCAAGAAUUUUCAUCCAAAACAAAAUUAACAGCCCUGAAUAAGAAGAAAAACCAGCUGGUCCAGAAAGCCAUAUCUCAGAAGAACAAAUCUGCCGCUACAGCAAAGAAAUCGGUAACCCGGGUAAAGGAGGAAGAGACCCAAGAUGUUCAUUCGUGCCCACACUGUAGUCGAGAGUUCACGUACCCAGCCAGCCUCGCCAAGCACAUCGCUUGCAGCUGUCCACAAAGACCUGUCGCCAAGAAGUUGAAAAAAGGAGCACUGACGCUUCAAGACAAAAAUAUGAAUCUACGAAGUAGAGCCACUGACUCUGAAGUCAUACAAGAGACAGGCUCUGGGACAAGCUCAAAGCCCUUGGGGAAAACCAGAGCCCGUAGCUAUGAGCCAGGGGAGAGUGAGGUUCCACCAGCAAGUAAAGGAAAAGCUCCUCAGGUACGUACCAAGAGGCCAGGCUCGAAUGCAGACAACACAGGCACCCAAAGUAAAAAAAGCAAAAAGAGUAGUGACCCACAAACCUUCAUAACUCCUGUACUUACUGAUGAACCUUCAACAAGGCCUCUGGCGAAAGUGCAACGUGGACCUAAAGAUGUUGUGAAUGAGACUGCAGUGAAAACUCCACAGUCUAAGAAAGAGGACCGUUUUUCAGUAAAGACACGGGAGAGGGUAGGUGGGCCAGUCACACGCAGUCUACAGAUGGCUAGUGGUUCAGCUCCUAUGGAAGUGAAGACUGAAGACUCCUUAAACCUUGAACUAGGGUCUGAGGAAAUGAGUUUGUUGAAUUUAGCCAGUUAGAAGUCCAUGUUCUCUGAAGGAUCGCUUUGCUUUUCCUGCCAGUGACUGGAAGGGGAAGUUCAUUCAGCUAAAUUGGAUUAACUUGAUUGGAGCCAGAAUGUUCAGGGUGGCCAAGAGUUUUCUACCUACUCAUGUUUUACUUUGGCCCAGUGGAAUUAUCCUCACAAUGCACUUUUAUUAAUAAUCCUUUGGAUGUGUAACACCCCCAAAAUGGACUGAAGAUUAAUAAAUGCAUCUUUAUCAAGCGUAAAAUCACUUGGUUUAUCAUUGUUGACCAUUUGGUUGUGUUAAAGGAAUGGUUCAGCCCAAAAUGAAAAUUGUCAAAAAUGUUACUUGCCCUCCUGUUCAAACACGACUUCUUUGUCUUAAGGGGAACACAAAAAAAUAUCUCAAUCUGUUUUUUUUAAUUGAAUGACAAUUGAUGGUGACUCACUUUAAUGUGACAUGUGCAUCAUAUGCUGUGCUUUCUGAAAACUGAUAUUUUUUUUCUCACCAAAUCAUACUGUAUCCCUUUUUGGAGACUUUAAAUAUGACAUGAUAUGCAUUGUUUUUUUUUUUCAUUAUCACAUAAUUUACAUAUAGUGGUGUGUUCCCCAUAUGUAAAUCGGAUGGGUUUGGAUAAAAUGAUGAGGUAUUGCAUAAGGCAAUCAUGAACUAGUUGCUCUUUCUUGGUCUGGUUUAAUUGAUAAGAGUUUAGUACCCAACGGUCACCUAAUGCAUGUGCUCUGUAUACAGUAUGAGUGGACCGAUCCCCUUUGUCUAUACUCCCGUUUUGACCUGCUCCUCCUCUUUUACUGGGAAAAAUUAUUUGAUGAAAAGUAUAUAUGUAUAUUUAAGUAAAUGUAAUCCUCCACAGGAAUGUAGAAUGAAUUGAGCUGUUUGAUACAGUCAGAGUGAGCAGGAGAAAAUUGUUUGCUGUAUGUACAGUAUAUGGUGUUCUACCUUUACCUGUAACAGCCAAAACCUGAAUCCAUUUUGUUUUCUUUUCUCUUUACCUUUUGUAAUCUACAGCAGGUCUGCUGGCCAAUUAAAAUUACACUAAAACUACAACAUUGAUUGAAGAGCUGUCUUCUGCACUUGCAAAAAUAUAAAUUAAAACAAUUGUAAGUGCAUUAUUAAUACCCAAUUUAUGUAAUUGUUAGCAUAUUAGUAAUCUGAUGAAUUCUAAUGUAAAGCACUUUAUUAAGACUAAUUUGCCUUUUGUGAAUAUCAAAGUUUGGGGUUAUUUUACAGGAAGUGAUGACACCAACAGUCUAAACAUAGCAUUAAUUAUCGGUUAUAUUAUACACACCUACAUCACAUCCUGAGGCAUCCUUAGAAAUGUCCUUCCAGUCUGUUAAGACCCCGUUAAUGUUGCAUUAUAAAUAUAAGUAGCUUGUUAUGUCUUGCCAUGUCACCAUUGCAAGCACACAACUCUCUUUGAUAACCAAGCAUUACUCAAAAAAAAAUUAUCGUUUCUUAUUUUCACAAAAUUUAUAAAGAAUGUGCUUAAAUAGAGCAUCUUACUGGACUUAACAUCCUUAGUGGUCUACCUUCUGACUAGGUUCAAACUGGUGUGUUUUCUGCCUUUGGACAGCAUAAUCCUCUCUCGAAUUCUGUCUAUGCUGUGUCAUUUCCACUUCACAACCUGGACAAAGAAGAUCUGAAGGCUUAAAAUUUAAGCAAGGAACUCUUAAGAUGAUUUUUUUCUUUUCAAAAUGUCCAUUUUGAAGUAUACAUCCUUGCUGUCCUGCAUUGAUAUAUUUUUGGGAAUGAGAAUGUUGUGAUUAUGAAUAAUAUUGCUCACAAAUGUAAAAUGCAUUGGUCAAAUUGAUAUAUAAAACUGUUUCUUUUCCAAAUGAAUAUUUGACUUUAGUUUGAAUUUAGAAUAGAUCCAGAAAUGAGGCACUUAUUAAAAAUUC